AUGGGAAAGGGAGAUGUGGCUACUAGGUCCAAAUCUCAAAAAUCGUCAGCAAUACAGAAUGAGCAGAGUACACCUACUAACCCCCCCACAGCAUAUCCUGAUUGGUCUCAGUUCCAGGCAUACUAUAAUGCUGCUGGGACAGCUCCAGUGACCCCACCGGCUUUUUUUCAUUCAUCUGUAGCUUCAAGCCCUCAGGGGCACCCAUAUAUGUGGGGUCCACAGAUGAUGCCUCCUUAUGGGAUACCACCACCAUAUGCAGCAAUGUAUGCACAAGGCACACCAUAUCAGCAGGCACCCAUUCCACCGGGUUCACACCCAUACAGUCCUUAUCCUAUGCAGUCACCAAAUGGGACAGUUCAAACUCCAACAUCUGGUGCUGGCGGUACAGAGACAAAUAAAUCAAAUAAAAAUAAGCGGAAGACUCCCCUGAAAAGAUCAAAAGGAAGCUUAGGUAGUCUGGAUGUUGUUGCAGUAAAAAACAACAAGUCACCGGCAAAGCCUUCAGCUUCUUCCUCCAAUGAAGGUUCUUCACAAAGUGAGAGUGGAAGCGGGAGUUCUUCUGAAGGAAGCAGUACAAAUUCAAAAAGUAGUUCAAGGGCGAAGGAUGGUUCUGAGCAAGGUCAGGGUAAUGAUGCUAGGAGUAAAGGUACUCAAAGCUCUGCAGUUGAGCCCACACAACCAUCUUCUGGGCCUGUUGUGCUUAACCCUAUGAUGCCAUUUUGGCCUGUUCCCCCUCCUAUGGCUGGCCCAGCAACCACUCUGAAUAUGGGAGUGGAUUACUGGGGUACUCCUGCUUCUGUACCCAUGCAUGGUAAAGUUAUUGCAGCACCGACAUCAGCUCCUUCAUCAAAUUCACGUGAUAUUGUUCUCAGUGAUCCGGCUAUACAGGAUGUAAGAGAACUGAAGAGACAAAAACGGAAGCAAUCAAAUAGGGAAUCAGCUCGACGCUCAAGAUUGCGCAAGCAGGCUGAAUGGGAGGAAGUAGCCAAUCGUGCAGAUUUGCUAAAGCAGGAAAAUAGUUCACUUAAAGAAGAAUUGAAACAACUUCAGGAGAAGUGUGAUAGCUUGACCUCAGAAAAUACAUCUCUACAUGAGAAGCUUAAAGUGCUUGAGGAUGAGAAAUCAAAUGGAAAUUGGUACAAGGAUUAA